UUUGAUAAAAACUAGCGCGUGUCAUUCAGUAUACGAAGUUACUGGAAAUUGUUUGGCUUGUGACUUUUCGUAAUGAUAAUUUUGUUAUCAAACUAACGUGAUAACCUUUAUUCGAUAGAAUUGUGAAUAAGACAAAAGUACAAUUAAGAUUAUUUUGUUUUCAUUCAAUCUCGUCACUCCAUCAACUAACCUAGAAAAUUUGAAUUUUCGAUAAUAUAGAAGCUGUUAGAUACAUAUUAAUUUCUCAUAUUCUCUUUUCGAACAAUUAUUUUUGAGUAAUUCUUUUAUUUAAAUAGAAAGUAUUUUAUUUACAAACUAUAGUUUGAUGUGCAGAUGAAAUAAAGUGUUUACAAAAGAUGGGAAAGAAAAGAAAUAUUCAUCCACCUCCUGCUCCGCUUGCUGGACGUGUAAAACUAGAAAUAAAAGAUGAAUUGGGAGACAGCGAUGUUCUUGUCGCCAGAGAUCGCUUGAAAGGAGCUCUCAGAGAACUGCUUCAACAUAGUGAUACAGGAUCAUCUGCAGAUUCCAGUGAAGAAAAUUCAUCGCAAGAUUACAAACAUCAAUUGAAAAAAAUUGAUAGUAUGUACAGAACAAAAUCAGUGGGUAAUCAACAGACAAGAAAAGUUCGACGUCGCAGACAAGUGCAAUUGGAUACAUCGUUUCACCAUACAUAUGUAAUGAAAUUAUUUGAUCGGAGUGUUGAUUUAGCACAGUUUCAAGAAGAUACACCGCUUUAUCCUAUAUGCAGGGCUUGGAUGGCUAAUCAACCAAGGAAUCCUAAUCUUGUUCCAAAAGUACGCAGUCCAAGUCCAGAAAUAAUAAAUGAAAUUAAUAUAAGUAAUAAUAUAUUGGAUACAAAUGGAGAAGUUCGCGAUGUUUAUUAUUUGCCGCCUCCAUUGCCUUGCGAAGAAGCUAUACCUAAAAAUCGUAUACCUUCGCCAAUAUCUAGAGAAAAGGAAGAAUUAAAUUUAGAUUAUGACGGACAAUCUUUGAAGUCACGAGAAACACUGUUGAGAGAACAUAGAAAACAUUGGAAUUCUGUACGUAAAAAGUGGCAUCAGCAAGCGCAUAAGAAUGAACAACGUUUUGUACAGAGUGCAAAUAUAUUAAAUACUAUAUUUAAAAGGGCACAAUCAGAAUUCGAGUAGCCCAUCAAUGGCAGUACUGAUACUGUCGACUACCGUUAACAAAAUCUGAGCUUGGUAAGCAUAGAACAUUUUUGUCAGAUUUUUCUACGUACAUAUUAUUUUAUACGCUUAAUUAUACCUGUUGCAUACUAAUUGUAGAAAUAUAUCUUUUUAUUACGGUAUAAUUAAUGUAUCGCAAUUAUGCUACGAACGACUAGUUUAUGUAAUAAAGAAGUCGCUCGACAAGCAAUAAUUUAUCUUUUUCAAUAGAAAUUUUUACGAAACAGUGAUAUGUAGUAAAAUUAUAUUUGAUUCUCGAUAUUAUAAAUUGCUGUAUGCUAACAACAGGUUAAUUAAUGAUUUCUUAUUUCGUACACAUAAUUUGUUUGAAUAAUAAUCUAGAAUGUAUAAACUAUAAAGAAUAAAUAACAAACUUUCAUUACA